AUCCUGCCAUUUUCGUCAACCCUGCCCUCAUUCCGGAAAAUUCUCUUGGGGCUGCAACCGCACGUAUGAUAUGCUCCUGGCUCUCAAACCCGUUCAUUCUUCCCACACGGAACUAGCAAUAGCUCUUCGCCUUUGAAGGAAUUCCAAAAUAUGUCUGCCAUCAUCAAUGCUUCGAUACAAGCCGCUCUGCUGAGUGCGUUUUCGACUCUCCUCGCACAGUCCCUUCAAGCAUACAAGCUAAAUGUGCCCCACCCACCCCCACACUAACACCAGCUCAGGGAGCAAAGAAGGGCGAAGGCUAACAAAAAGGAUAAUACUCUCAUCUCUGGUCAGACAACGCUAUCCUUCGACUUCAAGCCUGCAUACCAGUUCGCACUCUACGCUCUCCUAUCCACUCCCCCGAACUUUAUCUGGCAGGAAUGGCUGGAAACAGCAUUCCCCGGCAACGUUCCCCUUCCCAUCAAUGGAAAGGCAACGGAGAGGAGGAGCGGGAGUGCUAUGCUACAAACACGCAUAUCCAAGUCGAAUACCCUCAGAAAAUUUCUUCUCGACCAAUUCCUUGGCGGGCCGGUUAACAAUGCACUUUUUCUUGCUGCGAUGGCGGGAUUCCGCGGAUUGCCGUUGGAGGGUGCAGUCCAGUAUGUGAAAGCAGUAAGUCUCCCCUCUGACUCCUUUACCAAAGGCAAAAUGGUCUUCAUGAUCUGGAUAAGUAACGGGGGCGUUUCCAGGAAUUCCUUCCUCUAUCGCUGGCAUCCUACAAGCUCUGGCCCUUCGCCUCAAUAAUCGCCUUCGUAUUCAUCCCUGUAGAACGAAGAUUACUAUUUGGGGGGUUUGUCGCCUUAGGUUGGAAUAUCUACUUGAGCCUCUUGAUGGCUACAUGAUUCCAUGACACCUCUCCUGCCAUGGCCCUCUUUUGUAUCCGCCUAGACCCUACCCCGUUCUAUUACACUUUCUCGUUCACCUCUUCCCAAGAUUAAAUUAUGACUUGAUGAACCGAAGCAAAUCAAAUUCAGCCAGGUGCGCCUCAACCGUUUUUUCGGUGAGGAUGCGAGAAC